UUUCCCAAUAAAAUCUGCUUUGCCGGAUCAUUUCUCAGAAACAGGGUUGGUAAAUCCAAGCAAGUUAUGGAACUGAUAUUUUCUUCUUCUGCUCUUUCCUUUAUCUUCACAGCUUUUGCUGUGUCUGUUGGGAUUCUCGUCCUUGUGCUCAAUUUGAAACAGAAACCAUCUCAUAGGCUUCCCCCUGGAAGUUUAGGCUUCCCUUUGAUUGGAGAAACCCUGCAAUUCUUGUGGGCACUUCGAUCAAAUAAAGCUCAAGAGUUUUUCGAUAAAAGGGUGAACAAAUUCGGCCAUGUUUUCAAGACAUCAUUGAUUGGGCACCCCACAGUAGUAGUGUCAGGAUCCUCUGGAAAUCGCUUCAUACUGUCCAAUGAGAAUAAGCUGUUAACAAAUUCAUGGCCCUCUUCUUUCCUGAAACUUAUGGGGAAAGACUCUGUUUCAAGCAAAAGUGGUGAAGAGCAUAGGAUUCUGCGUGAUGCUCUUUCAGGAUCACUGGAUCCCGUAGCAUUACAGAACUAUUUGUCCCAAAUGAAUGCAGUCAUUCAAGAUGAGAUCAACAGACAAUGGAAAGGAAAAGAUGAAGUUAAAAUGCUUCCUCUGGUGAGGCACCUUAUGUUUUCCAUUUCAAGUAGCUUGUUUUUCGGCAUAAAUGACACGCAUGAACAGGAACAUCUCGAUAAGCUUUUCGACACUGUUCUUGCGGGAACUUUGUCUGUUCCAGUGAAUCUUCCCGGAACAAGUUUUCAUAGGGCGCUGAAGGCACGGUCAGAGGUGGAUAAAAUUCUCUCUUCUGUGAUUGAAAGGAGAAGAAGUGGUCUUAAUUCAGUUAAUCUGGAUCUGCUCUCUGUUUUCUUAAACUUCAAAGAUGAAAGAGGGAACCCACUUACAGACAAAGAGAUCUUGGACAACAUUUCAUUGUUGCUUCAUGCUGCAUUUGGGAGCAUCAUUUCAACAAUCACCAUUAUGUUUAAGCUCUUGUCCUCAAAUCCAGAAUGCUACCAGAAGAUGUCCCAAGAGCAAUUGGGGAUAGCUUCCAGCAAAAAGGAGGGGGAAGAAAUCACAUGGAAUGAUUUGAGAGAUAUGAAAUACACAUGGCAAGUUGCUCAGGAGACUCUGCGGAUGUUUCCUCCAGUGUUUGGAGGAUUUCGCAAAUCCAUGACAGAUCUUCACUAUGAUGGUUAUACAAUUCCUAAAGGCUGGAAACUAUUAUGGACGCCUUAUACAACGCAGACGAAGGAAGAAUAUUUCUUGGAGCCAGAGAAAUUCAGGCCUUCCAGAUUUGAAGACGAAGGGGCAAAUGUAGCCCCUUAUACGUAUGUACCCUUUGGAGGAGGCAUUCGAGUAUGCCCAGGAUGUGAAUUUGCCAAGAUGGAGAUACUAUUAUUUGCGCAUCACUUUGUCAAAGCUUUCAGUGGGUACUCUGCAAUUGACCCACACGAAAAGAUAUCGGGGAAUCCAUGUCCUCCACUUCCCGUCAAAGGAUUUCCAAUUAAGCUUUUCAUUAGGGAGUAGUAAAACAACAGAGGCACAUAUGCAAGGGUGAAAACUGCAUCCUCUUGUAGUUCUUUCUAUUUAUUUUAGAUUCAUUUCAUUGUUUGUCUUGAAUGUCAAGAUCGUUAUGUA